AUGGAAGAAAAAGAUCUCUCUGUUCAGCAUGACGAGGCUAUUGGUCCGUCUUCAAUUGCCGAGAAGAAAAUGCGGACCACAGCCGACAAUGACCACGAGCACUCUCUGACUCUCCGGGAUGUCUGGAAGCACCAUAAACCACUGAUCGGCUGGUCAUUCUACUGGGCCAUGUGUGCUAUCGGCUGGGGCUUCGACGCUCAAAUCAACGGCGCCAUGAUCUCAGUCCCAUCCUUCCGGCGCGACUUUGGCUACAUCUUCGACAAUGAGCCGGUCUUGCCUGCUGAUUGGCAGACUGCCUUCAAUGUCAUCAGCUCGGUGGGAGGGUUCUUCGGUGGCUUCAUCUGCAGCUGGCUAGCCGAUCUUGUGGGAAGAAAACCUGCCCUGCUGGCCGCCAUCCUCCUCUGCGCCGGUGGCUGUCUUGGAGAAGUGUUCUCGGUCACCCGAGUCGCCUUCCUCAUGUCCAAGCUCAUCCUCGGAGUCGGUCUCGGCUUUUACCUUACCCUCGGGCCCCUAGUAUGCAGCGAGAUCGCCCCCGUUGCGAUACGCGGCCUUUCCACUGCAGGCAUCAACCUCGGCAUCGCUAUCGGUCAGCUCCUCUCCAACAGUGUCAUCAAGGCUUUUGGCUCGCGGACCGAUCGCUGGGCGUAUGCAGCCCCCUUCGCCAUCCAGAUGAUCUUCACCGUCACUCUACUUGUCGGGUUGCCGUUCGUGCCUGAAAGCCCAUGGUACCAUGCUCGCAAGAAUCAAUCCGAAAAGGCGCUCAAAUCUCUCCAACGCCUCUGGGGCAAGGACUUCGAUGCACAGACGAAGCUUGCCGCGUUGCAGACUACCAUAGAGGAGGAAGCGCUGCAGAAGAAGGCCAGCUUCGCGGACUGCUUCCGCGGCACCAAUCGUCUGCGCACGGGCAUAUCUGUGGGGGUCUUUGCGUGCCAGCAUCUUGUCGGCAUCAUCUUUGUCCUGGGCUACUCGACCUACUUCUUCCAACUCGCGGGCCUGGACGAGACGCACUCUUUCGAUCUUGGUGUGGGUGUUACGGCCUGCGGAGUCGCAGGUAACAUCACCAGCUGGUUUGUAGUGGAGCGCGUGGGCCGACGCCGGAUCUUCGUCGGCGGCAUGGCGGUCCUGACGCUCGUCCUCUUACUGAUCGGCAUCAUGGAUGUUGUUCCUACCGGCGCCGCCAAGUGGGUGCAGGCAUCCUGCACCGUCAUCUACGCGUUCGUCUACUUCCUCACCAUUGGCGCCAUCGCGUUCGUCUUGCUAGGCGAAACCUCGAGUCCGACUUUGCGUGCGCGCACCACUGCCUUGGCUACCGCGACUCAGGCUGUGUUUGGAAUCGCGAUGAACUUUGCUGUCCCGUAUAUGGUCAAUCCGGACGAGGGCAACUUGAAGGGUAAGGUGGGGUUUGUGUUUGGUGGGUUGGCUGCUGUUGCUACCCUGGGCAGCUAUCUCUACAUCCCGGAGUUGAAGGGCCGGACGUUCAUUGAGAUUGACACCAUGUUUGCGAGACGUAUUCCGCCACGCAAGAUGGGUGGUACCGUGUUGGAAUGA